CCAUUCCCGGCGCACUGCUCCUCGAUGCUCGGGGUGCAAAAAACCGGUACUCGAUGAUGUUGUCAUCACGGCUGUCGGAGGUCAGUGGCAUGAUCAGUGCUUUGUCUGUCACGAAUGCAGUGCCGGGUUUGGGCCGGACGGUCGAUAUUUUGUCCGAGAAGGCGAGCCCAAAAGAACAGCAAAAGGCCGCAUCAUUGGAGGCCCAGUCCAGCUACCUGUAUGCGAAAGAUGCGAGGGUAUACGACUUAAGGCGUCGCCUUAGCUUUGAUGGUGACGCGCGAGAAACUCCGAGAAGACACGUUUAUUUAUCAUUUAAACGAAGUUUUAUUGACUUACAUACAGUGCUUGUAACUGUUCGCAGCAUCUUGGUGUUGGAAGUAAAGUCUUGUCUUUUUGGUUUUCUUUUUCUUUUUCUCUUCUUUUCUUUUCUUUGGGUAUACUAUGCAUGUUACACGUUAUGCCAACUAUUGCAUAUGCAGCAAGCGGGGAUACGUAUCAUGUGAGUGUAUGUCAAAUACUGGUAGCGUCUGGCAGUUUGCCGUACUUCUUGGGCGUCAUAGGGCUAGGGACAGGGUCAUGGGACUGGCUUUUAACUAAGUUUCUUUUCUUUUCUUUGUUUUUUCUUUUCGGGUUAAUA